AUGCCGCCGCCCCGGCGCCACUUCCGGCGCCCCUCCGCGCCGAAGCCGCCCCCGGACGAGUUCUGCCCGCAGGUGCCGUUGCCAUGGAAGCGGGAGCUGCGAAAGGUGCAAGGCCGCCUGCCGCGCUUGAACAAGAUGCGGAUCACCCUCGCGGACGAGCGAUGGAGCAGCCCCAAUCGUCAGUGGCUCACGAAGAAAGGCCGCCGGCGAUUGGAGCCGAUCGUGAGUGAUGACACAGGGCUGGGUGAAGCUCAAGAGAUCUUGGCGAAGGACUUGAUGAGGGAACUCAUGGCGCCUCGGUCGGUUGGUCGGCUCGCGGGCGCAGACCUAUCGAGGCACACCAGAUGA